CCGCGCGGGAAUCGCCGUCCCUCUCGCCGACGGCCACUGCUCUCCUCUCUCAGUCGUGAUCUGGACCAACUCAACGCAGUCUCCUUCACUCCGUCCGUUCUCUCUAUCCCUUCACGAUCGAAUCCGCGCCCGCCGGCGGCCACGGAGGUGGUCGACCUGCGCCGGCCAACGGAGGCAGCUCGGCCGGCGUGGCGACGGCCGGCCGGCGAUGCGAUAACAAGGGGCAAAACCGUCAAACCGUAUACAGGCUGAUCGAUCGAUCGAUAUAUUCGCGCGCAAGAAUCGAUCGAAGCCAAGGUACGUGAGUGACUCACCACUCCAUCUGAUCUGUCGCUGUCGUCGCGUGGUAGCCGAUCGAUGCCAAUGCGCGCCACCGCCUCCUCCUCGUCUUCGCCGCGGUGCGCGUCCUUCGCCUGCCGCCGCGGCGACCAUGCUCAUGCCCAUGCCCUGGGCCGAGCCUGUGGGCGCCCGCUGGGCCGCGCCGCCGGGUUCGUCGGCAGCGGGAUCGCUGCCGCCUUCUUCGCUUCCCUGGAAGGGUGCUACUGCGUGGAGAUCCUCACGGACGACGACGACGACGACCACCAGCCCCUCGACGGGGCCAGCCGGAGCCGGAGCCGGGACGUCAGUGAGGCGGCGCCGCUGUUGCCUCGCGCCACCGCGGCGAAGAAGAGCCGGCAGACUACGGCGGCGGCCGGGAAAGGCAAGAUCAGCAGCUGGGGUGGCUUUGGGUGCUGCGAGAAUACUAACACCGCUAAUUAAUUAAGUUCUUAGAACAAUACAUGUUGCCAAUAAAUCUCACACUAGCUCAUUUCUCGCUGAUGCAUGAACUGUACUGGACAAUAAAUUAGAGCAUGAGUUCAAUUUGGAUGAUCAAUCAUCCUACAUAUUUAUGUACCAUCCAGUUAUCUUCAGUAGUCUGAAUUAAAUUUAGUGUUCUUCAGUUGUCUAGUAGUCAUUUGUAGUCUUGUUUUCAAACUUUGGUAUCUUAAUCGCACAAUGAAUUUACAUGGUAACUUUUCUAAUAAAACGAACCAUUCUGUUC